AACGGGAAGCAGAAAUUCAGGCAGCAGCUGGGUUGGAGAUGGGUGGUGGGGAUCGGGGAUGAGGGAGAUGAGGAGGCAAGGCGCAAUAGCUCUGCCCUUGGUGCUCGUCAACAUGUUCCAGUUCCUGCUGCAGGUCGUCUCCCUUAUGAUGGUGGGUCAUCUCGGCAGCCUCUCCCUCUCCAGCGCCGCCAUCGCCUCCUCCCUGUGCAACGUCACCGGCUACAUCAUCCUUCUUGGGAUGGCAAGUGCCUUGGAGACAUUAUGUGGGCAGGCCUAUGGGGCAGAACAGUACCAAAAGCUAGGACUUUACACACAAAAAGCUAUAAUAGCCCUGCUUGUUGUGUGCAUCCCCAUCACAAUCUUAUGGUUCUAUAUGGAGAAGCUCCUCAUUUUGAUAGGGCAAGAAUCUGAUAUUUCCCAUGAAGCAGGCAAAUAUGCUGUCUGCUUGCUCCCAGGACUUUUUGGUGCUGCACUUUUGCAGCCAAUGGUAAAGUUUCUGCAGUCACAGAGUCUGGUCCUGCCAUUGCUUGGUGCUUCUGCAUUUACUCUCUGCUUCCAUGUCCCCGUUUGCUGGAUAUUGCUCUUUAAAUCUAGUGUAGGAUACGUUGGUGCUGCUGUUGCUGUCAGCCUUUCCUAUUGGGUGAAUGUGGCUGCAUUGGCACUAUAUAUCAAAUUUGCACCCGCCUGUAGAAAGACGUCUACUGGCUUCUCAAGGGAGGCAAUUACUGGGAUACAUAAUUUUCUUGGUCUUGCACUUCUUUCUGCAGUGAUGAUUUGUCUGGAGUACUGGUCAUUUGAAUUAUUGGUAUUGGUUUCUGGGCUUCUGCCUGACCCUGAGCUGGAAGCUUCAGUGCUUUCUAUUUGCAUUUACUCCAUGUAUUUGGUCUAUUCUAUACCAUAUGGACUUGGUGCUGCUGCAAGCACUCGUGUUUCUAAUGAAUUAGGAGCUGGAUGUCCAAGAACAGCUCGGUUGGCAGUAUUUGUUGCUGUCUUGCUUGCAGUUAUAGACGGUUCAGUUAUAAGUACAAGUAUCUAUGCUAUAAGAUACCUGUUGGGGCAUGCUUACAGCAGUGACGAAGAAGUUAUUCAGUAUGUUGUGAAAAUGGCGCCUUUAGUUUCUGUGUCAGCAUUCAUGGAUGCCAUCCAAGGAGUGCUCUCAGGUGUUGUAAGAGGAUGUGGGCGGCAGGAUCUUGGUGCAUAUGUCAACCUUGGAGCAUUCUAUCUGUUGGGUGUCCCAGUUGCUUGUGUUUUAGGCUUCUAUUUUCAUUUUGGAGCAAUUGGUCUCUGGAUUGGUAUACUGUCUGGUUCUACAGCACAAGCAAUCCUGCUUUCUCUUAUAACAGGUUUUGCUAAUUGGGAACGGCAGGCUGAAAAUGCAAGGGAUAGAAUGAUUGACAAGCCCAUAGCUUUCAGUGGUGAAGAUGCUUAAAGUUGCAGCAUUUGAACGUUGCAUCCUCACGUAGCCAUUGGGUGCUUCCUUGAUGACAAGCCUGUGGAGAGAGAGAGUGUGUGUGAGAGAGAGAGUUUUGCA